AUGACUGAAGAUGGAAGGAAUAUUAGUGAUGAUAUGUCAAGUCUUUUGCAUGCGGCUGAAGAAUGGGCAAAUGAUUUAAAUGAUCCAAUUUCCUAUCCAGUUUAUGUACCAAUCAAAGAAUUUGCUCGACAAAUUGUCUUAGAAAUAUGCAAAAUAUAUAAUUGGGAUCCUGAAACUGGAACUGAUAUUCGACUUCUAAAACGAAAUGCCGGUGAUACAACAAACAUACAACAGUCCACACAAAUACCAGGUUUGCACAAUAUUUUCCGGAAUGCAAACUAUUCUCCUUCGAUUACGAAAUUGGACGGAAAUAAUUCUGCUGCAACUCCUAAGAUUCCCUCACCAGCAAAAUAUGUCAAGAAUCAUCAACAAGAAACUUUGCUUCAUACGGUGCAAUCAUCGGCUGCAACAUGCGACGAUACUGUAAAUAAAACAUUCGCUGUAAGUCAAAAUACUUCUCUUAACAAGCCGGAGCAAUUGGAUACAUCUCAUCAGAUAAUUCACAAUAAUCACACUAUAAAUAAGACAUUUACGGUUAAAAAAUUUACUGCGCUUGGAGGGACGAAAAAAUCGAAUGCAUAUGAUCAAAUAAUUCAUGAUAAUUUAAAACAAAAAUCUGGAAAAGUUGCCAUAUCUCCUGUUAUGGAUACUACUCAAUCUUCGGUUAAGGAUGCUUUUUAUGAUAAUAAAAUUUCCGCUGUACAUAAAGCUGAAAAGAAUAGUUAUAUUUCAUCGAAAUCUUCCGAUAUAAUGAACAAAAAUAGAGUGCCCAAUUCAGAAGAGCAUUCAGAAAUGCCUGAAAAGUUAAUUGUAAAUUCUACACAAAAUACCGGAUUUUCUCCUACAAAUAUCAAUUACCAGCAAUUUGCCGACAAUGACUUCAUCACCAGUACUCCCCAGAUGAAAUCUUCGAAAAAGAAUCAAAAAAUACUGGAAAUGCACACAAUUAGAAAUUCUGGAUCAAAUGAUAUCUGCUCUGGAACUGUUCAUGGAGGCGGGAAUACUGUAAACACAUGUUGCGUAACAGAAAGCAGUAGUAAUAUUAUCGCCACCAAAAAUGUGAUCACUGUUUUAACUCCAAAUGAAACUGUUAUUGAAACGAGCAUGUUUACGACUAAUGAAAUUACUAAGCCAACUUUUUCGAAAGCUUCUUCAGUAAACGAUGGCGACAUAACAAGAAAUAUUGCGAUUCUAUCUGAAAUUACUAAUUUACCUGAAAAUAGCAUGUCAAUACCAGGAACCGUUAUUAUUGCUAAUUCUACCCUACAACAAUUUCCACAUUAUUCUACCGAAAAAGAGAACGAUUUGCAAGUCAUUAAUUCAAUGCAGAUAAAUGCAUCUCAAAAUGAUGCACUUUAUCAUACGUCAUCUGAAGAAAAGUUAAAUGAGAAAUUAAGCUGCCCACAAAUUAGUGACAAUCUUUUACAAUAUGUAAUCCAAAAAUCUCAAAACCACAAUUUUAUUUCUACCAUUGCAACGACGCAUUCGGGAAAGUGCUUACUAGUAGUAACAGAAAAUCCAAAUGCUGCUGCUGUUGAGGAAUUUAAAAAUAUUACCCAGGUAAAUACCAUUCCAAAAAUUAACACCACUACACAAACUGAAUCCAGCACAUAUCCGUGUGAUAGUAAGAAUUAUGCAAACUUGGAAAGGAAUAUAAACGUGAAAAACACAUCACAGAAACAAUUAAUUAUCGAUGAUGAAGAUAAGAAUUUAAUGAUUAACAAGACUGCCAUUGCGGAUAAUCAAAUAAAAGUUGCUCCGUGUCAUCCGGAAAAUUGUAUUAUCCAUUGUAGCAAUAGACAAGCAUUUCAACCGAUGAUACAGAAUAAUAUUUCUAUGAAUGAAAAUGAUCGUCAUUUCAAAGAUAUGACUGAAAAGAAACUCAUUACGAGAGCUAUACAAACGAAUCUGGAAAUUGAGAAUAAAUCGUUUAAUGAUUCAUGCGACAAAUUUGACAGCACACCAAGUAGGGGAAAACGAGUUAAUAUAUCUGGAAAUAAUUCAUUCAAUACUUCGUUACCAAUAAUGAAUAGUGUUCGAGAUAGGUUUGCCAAAAAAGCAAUAGCGAAGAGAAGAUCGUUUUUAAAUGAUCCAAUUAAAUUUUUCAACCAUAUGGCAUCACCAUCACGACGAAAAUCAUUACCAGCUUUUCGCGGUAUGCCAAAUUUCAAUAAACCUGGUAUUCUUGCAAGGCAAACUAUUAAACGACCGAAAAUAAAUCGUGAAAUUAUGCGUAAACCAUCAACAAUGAUGACAGUAAUCGUUCACUUCGUUAAUAUUCAACAAUUAAUUUGCAAAUAUCAAAUAAGAAAAAAUGUUUAA